AUGAGCGCCACCCCCACGAAAAAAGUCAUUCUUGUUACUGGCGGCAGCCGAGGCAUUGGCCUGGCAGCUGUGCGAUUCCUUCUGCAUGGUACCAAGACCAUCCCAGCGUGCAAUGUCGUGAGUCUCUCGCGCUCUGUGCCUGCUGAAUUGCAGGCAUUGGCCAAGGAACACACAUCGCUAGCGAUUGUGCAAGGCGAUGUCACGACCAGUAAGUCCAACGAGGAGAUGCGUGAUGAGGCGCUAAAGCGUUGGGGCCGUAUUGAUGGCCUACUCUUGAACGCCGGCGUCAUCGACCACAUGAGGUGUGCAGACCUGACCGCUGAGCGAUUGUUGCAUGUCCUCAACGUUAACACAGUAUCCAUUGCCGAGAGCGUCCGUGUGACGCUGCCGGAACUACGCAAGACCAAUGGCAGUGUGGUGAUGGUCAGCAGUGGCGCAGCUGUAAGCAACUAUGCUUCGUGGGCAGCUUACAACGCCUCCAAAGCUGCAUUGAAUGCGUAUGCACGCACGCUGGCGAACGAGGAGAAGGACAUUGCCUGCUUCUCGGUACGCCCAGGCGUUGUGGACACGGAUAUGCAAGGUCUUAUUCGUGCGACCACGGAAAUGCCAACCGAGCAGCAAGCCAAGUUCCUCUCGAUGCACAAGAAUGGCGAGCUUCUCUCGCCAGAGAAGCCGGCGCACGUGCUGGCCGCACUCGCUGUGCAAGGUACACGCAAGGAACCGGUAGGUGAAGAUGGCACGCCCCUAGGUGCAACAGGUACAUUCUGCUCCUGGGACGAUGCGAGUCUCUCGGCCUACCAGCUGUAG